GUUCCUGUUCUCCACAAGUUCCUCUUGGAACACCUGCGUUAUGGUUUAACAGAUGUGCCGCCCCAGCCAAACUCCCCACCUGACAAUGUCUUCAGCCCAGAUCGGCCUACGAAGGAUACAUCUCUCCUUCAACGUUUGCAGUCGGCAAAUCAACCCAUCAGCGAUAGUAUGCACCCGCGCUAUGAUGGUGACGUUGAAGUCACUUCUUGUUGGAAAGUCUGGAGGGUCUUAACAGAGGCAGAAUGCCAGAGGAAUAAACCAACGAGGAAGCCUGGAAUGUCAUCAAAGACGAAGAAUGGGCGACUGGGGACACGAGCUGAAAGUCAGAGGACCAGCAUUGCGCUGUUUCUGAAGACAUACCGUCUGCACCCUAUACACUAUUCCCAUACAAGGCAGGAUAGAGGCCGUAUUUUCGCGAUAGCCUUCGCAUUCUCAUUCGAGCCCAACAAUUCGGUUGCAUGA